AUGAAGAUCGCUACUGCAUUCCAUCUUUCUGCCUUGGUUGCCUUUGUCGCCGCUGCUGAGCAGGCUCAGACAUGCUCCUCGCUCGAAGUGCGCAGGGAAUGGCGUUCGUUCAGCAGGGCAGAGCGCAAAGCCUGGAUUGACUCAGUCAAUUGCCUCAACAAACUCCCCAGCAAUGGCAAGAUUAACCCUCCUAUCGACACUGAGAGGCUUGAGUUCACCUACCACAUUGCGCCAUUCAACGCAAGUGGUACUUACUAUGACGACCUGGGUUUAUGCGGCUGGGAGGGUUCAGCGAUAAUGAAGAAGCCCGCACAAGCUGCGUCGCCACUACUACCUCAACCUUGGAGAAACUCCAACUUGACGGCUGUAUCCACUUUCACGCCAGCAGAAGUUCAAAAGCUACUUGCCAUAGCCGAUGGUAACUUUACCCAGUUCCAAGGAUAUUUGGAAGCGACCACCGGUAUGCAUGCUGCCAUUCAUCUACGAUGGGAGGCAGGAACCGAGGGCAGUAUUUACUGUCCUUCCGGCAACCCUACGUUCUCUGCUAGCGAGCCAAUGUUCCACUUGCAUCACGCGAACGUAGACCGCCUGUGGUGGUUAUGGCAAGAAAAGAACUCGGUCAACAAGUAUGCGUUCCACGGUGGAUCCGUUCAGAACCGAUCGUCGUCUGACAUCUACCCCAACGGCCAGCCCCCUUGGCUCAACAAGACCGACCCCGUCCCCAGCGCCGGAUUGUGGGAUGUAUACACCAUCGAGCAAACUUUGGAUACUCGCAGCUGGCCAUGGUGCUAUGUCUACGACCAGUAA